AUGCGGGAAAUCGUGCACGUGCAACUGGGUCUCUGCGGAAAUAACGUAGGCGCAAAGUUCUGGGAGGUGAUCUCGGACGAGCAUGGCUUGUCGCCGGACGGUAGAUUCUGCGGUGAAUCGGAGCUCCAAUCGCAGCGACUGAACGUGUAUUUCACGCAGGGGCCAGGUACCAUGCACCCUUCAGACCCAAAUCUAUACGUACCGAGAGCGAUUCUGCUCGAUCUCGACCCGGGGACAUUGAACUCGUUGCUGUGCAGUUCGUGCCGCGGGAUGUUCAAACCUGACAACUUCGUGGCUGGUCGCGCGAGCGCCUCGAACAAUUGGGCGAAAGGUUAUUACACCGAGGGCGCGGAGCUUGUCGACGCGACGUUGGAUCUCGUUCGCGCGGAAGUCGAAGCCUGCGAUCUGAUGCAAGGUAUUCAAAUGGUUCGCUCGUUGGGCGGCGGUACGGGAUCUGGGGCGGGGGCGCUACUGAUGACCAAACUAAAAGAAGAGUAUCCGGGGCGAAUUGUCAAGUGUUACAGCGUGCUACCCUCGGCAAAGAUGUCAGACGUCGUGGUGGAGCCGUACAAUGCGAUUCUCGCUCUUGGAAUGUGCAUCGAGUGCACGGAUCAGACCUUCUGUAUGGACAAUCAUGCUCUGCAUCGGAUCUGCACGCGCGUGUUGAGCAUCUCCACGCCAACGUACGGGGACGCAAAUCACCUGAUUUGCGCGUGUAUGUCCGGUAUCACUGCAUGCUUCAGAUUUCCGGGGCAACAGAACACCGAUCUGCGAAAGCUACGCGUGAACCUGGUGCCAUUCCCCAGGCUUCACUUCUUCGUUGCUGCAUACGCGCCCCUAACCUCAAGAAGCUCCGCACCGUAUAAGCUCGUGUCCGUUCCGGAACUGACGCAACAACUGUUCAACCCGAACAACGCGUUCAUUGACUGUGAACCUAACCUGGGUAAACUGUUGACCGUGGCUACCGUUUUUCGCGGUAGAAUGUCGACCAAGCGUGUGGACGAGCAAAUGCUGAACAUACGCAACCGCAACAGCCCGUAUUUCAUUGAAUGGAUCCCGAAUAACGUUCAGACCGCGAUCUGUGAUAUUCCACCACGUGGUGUCCGCAUGAACGCGACUAUGAUAUCGAACACGACCGCGAUUCAAAAACCGAUCAAACGACUGUCGAACGCGUUUGACACUAUGUUUCGGAAAAAGGCGUACAUUCACUGGUACACGGCGGAGGGUAUGGACGAGUCCGAAUUCGUGGAAAUUCAGGGAAAUGUGCACGAUCUACUAUCAGAAUAUCAACAACAAAAAGAGGCGUGA